AUGCUUGCAAGCGGCGACGAUUCAUGCGACGAUCAGCGCACACCAGUAACGUCGAUCGAAUCGUUACCUGAAGCUUCAUUAUCUGUUAUCCGAUAUCUGUUAGAACAAUGUGCAAAUAAAAUAGCAGAAACCAAUGUAGAACAACUUGAUGAACAGAAAAUGGAUGAUGAUCAAAAAACAACGUAUCGUCGACAGCAAGAAUUAGAAAGUAGUAUUAAUUAUCGGAGUAAUGAAGAACAGAGAUCAAAUGAUAAUAAACUACCGCCAGUGGCACUCUCCACCAAAUUUGCAUCCAAUGAACAACAUAUAACAACAACACAAACGUCUCUUUCAGUAUUAGCUGAAGAUAAAAUGAAUGAGUUAUGUCGUCGAAUAUUGUUAAUUCCAAGCCCAAUUGUAACAUCUACUGCUUUUAAUCGAUAUAUUACAACUGCAUCGGCUACACAAUGUCAUCAAGCAGCUAGAUGUCUCAUUGAUGCCGGUCUAUUAUCAUUACAAUCACGUUUGGUGGCGAAUAAUACACAAUAUUGCGAAGUUUAUUUAAAAGCUGUUCCAUCAUCAUCACUCGAAAUCCUUCCAUUUAUGAAACAACUGAAUAAAUUCAAUAUCGAUGAUAUUAACGAAUAUCUGGCUACAUUCAAAACGGUUGACACAAAGAACGCUACGUAUUUGACAGAAGGUGGUUUCAGUCUUCUAUCUACAGAACCAUAUGCCGCAUACGUGAUGGAUAUAGAUAAGUUAAAAAUCAAAACACCAUCAAAAAAGACAACAGCAAGAAUCUAUUCAGGUAAUAGUCAACGACCAAGCCAAAUAAAAUUACAACAGACACAAACACAAUCGAUUGUAUUAUCACCACAAAUGGAUGAGAUUGACAAAAUAAAUCUUCAAGAAACAAUAAUUGCUGAUUAUCGAUCAAAAAGAAAACGUUCAGCACACUCCUCAUCAAUUCAAACAAGAUCAGCAACAAAAAAGCCAAGAUUUUAA